ACAGUGCGCGGGAUAGGUCACCGGAGUCAUUUUGCGCAAAGAACGUCCCCGGAGUAGUCGAAGUCGGUCGCAGUGCGGGUUUUGUUUCAGAAAGUUUUUAGUGAGUGAUUAUUUGCUGUUGAGGAAAAGGAUCAUUUCGUGAGCAGCGGAUUCCAGCAAAAGGAGCCCUUUGAAGGAUUAAGAGAUGCGUCUCCAAGAAACGUGGUUGCUAGUGGCCGGGGUGGCCUUACUCCUGGCCUGCGCCACCGAGGCCCAGCAGCAGCGCCGUCUGCGGGUGCGCCCCCGGGUCAUCCAGCAGGAGCAGCAGAACAGCGCUGAGUUGGACAGCGUCGAGGAGCAGGACAACCGGCCGGCGCCCCAGCAAGCGAUCCAGUACUACCGGGCCCAGGCACGCAACGAGGAGGAAGACCCGCGCCAGCUGGUGCUGGUGGCGAGCGAUGACGAGUACAACGGCCAGUACGGAACGCCGACGCCGCGGGCACGUGCCGACACGUACCGACCGAAGGUGACCACGGCGGCGCCGAUCCAGAACGCUCGCUCGAAGGUGCCGGAAACGCGCGCUCCGCCGGUACAGACCAUCCGGAACUACAACAAGGUGAACGACGAUGGUUCGUUCACGUUCGGAUACGAGGCGGCUGACGGAUCGUUCAAGGAGGAGACCCGUGGAACGGACUGCGUCGUGCGCGGCAAGUACGGAUACAUCGACCCGGACGGUAACAAACGUGAGUUCACCUACGUGAGCGGAAACCCGUGCGACCCGAACAACCCCGAGGGAAGCGAAGAGGAGGAAGAGAAGUCCGAGUCCGAGGAAGCGAACGAGAACGUGCCCCAGAACUAUCCGCGCAGACCGCUUGCUCCCCGUCCGGUUCCGACGCGCCCGGCCCCGACCACUCCUCGCCCAACGACCACCGUCUUCCAGAACAACUACAACAACGGGUACAACCAGCAGCAGGAGGAAUCCGAGGAGGAGAUCCAGAUUGGACAGCGCGCUCGUCCCGCCGCUCGGCCAUUCCAGCAGCAGACCCAGACCGUAACCCAGCGUCCGCGUGUCCAGAUCGUCAGCACCACCCCGAACACGGUGUACCACCAGCCAACCCAAACCCUCCCGGUGAACAUCACCCCGAAGCCGGUGUACCGAGUCGCGCCCCAAAACACCCUGCAGACUCAGCCUCCACCAACGACGUACCGUCCGGAAACCACAACCGGAGGCGGCAGCUUCUUCUCCACGACCAAGGGCAACGCCCUGCUCGGAGGAACCCGCCAACCCCUCGAUUUUGACGCCGAGUUCAAGAAGUUCCAGCAGGAGAACAAGGUCCAACCGACCUCCGCCAGGCCCAUCUCGUCCUCCACCCAGAAGCAGGUCACCAACAACCCAAUCUACCAGACCCAGCUGGUGUUUGACCCGCAAACCGGCCAGUACGACAGUGCCCUGUACCAGCAGCUCCCGCAAAGCCAGGACAACUUCCAGCUGAACCACCGCAUCCAGCCGUACGUGCACAACCCGAUCCACCAGCAGCAGCAGCAGCACCAGCUAGUCAGCUUGGAUCAGCUCCAACAGCAGAGCCCGCUCUACCGCACUCAACCGGCCCCGCAAGCUGUCCAGCAGCAGCAGCAGAUCCCCCAGCAGAUCUACCAGAAGCAGCAGAACGAACUGCAGUUCAUCAACAGCCAGCAGCUGUUCGCCCAGCAGCUCGAGCUCCAGCAGAGCCAACUCCGCGCCGACCGGGUGGAAGCCUCCAAGAAGUACCCCCAGCAGCAGCAGCUCCAGCAGCACCGCUUCCAGGCGUCCUCGCCACAGAUCCACCGCGUUCCGCAGCCCCAGCAGCAGUACUACUUCAUCCAGCCCCAGGGAGCGCCCCAGGCCGGCGGCCAGAUCGACGCCUUCCUGCGGGGACACAACAUCGAGUACUAGAGGGCCGUACUCGCACAACCCAAUUUAGCUAGAGUUUUGUGUUUUGUCUAGUUGUUUAGUCUGCGAAGCGAAGCCAUCUAUUAUUUUUUGUGUCGUGUUAAGGUUUAAUUUAAUCCCUUCCCUCUUUAUAGUUCCCUCCCUUCCCAUCCCUUAUGUCCUAAGCGGGCAAAUCGGACGUGAAACUUGACCGCAAGAGCGUUUACCCAAAAUUGAGUUGUUUCUUCGAAGCGUGUAGCGUGGUGUAGCUGUCAUUUCACACUUAAUUCGAAUUUCGCUGACUGACUGACUGACAUUUCAAACCCCAUUGUUCGACGAUUUCCGCACACGUGGUUUCUUACUUAUGACAGCUGUCAGUCACCCCAAUCAACGAAUUCAGAAUUUUAAGGAGGUAUUAGACUAUAACAAACAUGAAACUCGAACUUUUUGACAGUUUGCCUACUUUGUUUGUUUGCAUGCAUUUGUUUGCGAAAAUGUCAGCCAGCAUACAUUUUGCUUUGCGAGUUUGGCAAACUGUCAAGCACGAAAAAGUGCGAGUUGGUUUGUCAUAGUCUAAUACCUCCUUAACAGUGAAGAAAAUUUGACCAAAUUGUUACUAAACAACCCGUAGAAAAUCCGAAGCAAAACAUGACCAAACUGUCAGCCAAGUGUCAACAAAAACAAAGUUACCCACUCUUGAGAUUACAGUUUCAUGCCCGACUGCGCUUCCCGCGCACAUCCUAAGUUAAUCCCCCCCUCCCGUUUCUCUGACCACCACCCACGAUCGGAAUAAGACUUAAAAGAUAUUUAACCUGUUAAGGCGGAGAACUCGUUGAAACUUCACCACGGAGCAAGUAAUAAAAAAAUCGAAAAGCAAAAUAUGUUUACAUUCUAAGAAACUUGACGCGAAAAGCAGCGGAAGCCACACUUGUAAAUAAGCAGCAUUUUAUUGUUUUUUUUUUUUGAAAGGAGAUUAUUACCGUGUUCAUUUUUGUUUUCUUUUUGCUGAAGGAUUAAUCAAAAUUACGAAUGACCAGUUGUGCGACAGUGUGCGAUGCACUGUUAGUAUAUUAACUUGGGAGAAACUUCGGAAAAUUAGUGUUGAGAAGAUGAAGAAGAGGAAAAAGAAGCCAACUCUUAUCGUUUUAAGCAAAUAUGCGAACAAUAAAUGCCAAUUGAAUUGAGUAAAUAAAGAAAAAGUGAAAAAUA